GCGGCGCUGGGAUGGCGGUGGACGCGCGGCGGCUGGAGGGGCUGAGCCUGCAGGAGCUCAGCGCGCUGCUGGACGACGAGGGGCGGCUGCAGGACAUGGCCCGCGAUAUGGAGGAGGCCCAAAAUGUUCAGCACAGCAAGGACAUGACUCUUGCCAGCAACCGCAGUCUGGCAGAAGGGAAUCUUCUGUACCAGCCAAGGCUGGAGUCUUUGAAAGCAAAUUUGACUCAAAAAUAUCAAGAGCUGCAAGUCAUUUUUGAAGUAUAUCAGAUAAAGAAAACGAAACUGGACAGCCAGUCCAGCAAUGCUUCACUGGAGACACUGUUAGCCCUGCUUCAGACAGAGGGGGCAAAGAUUGAGGAAGACACAGAGAACAUGGCAGAGAAGUUUCUCGAUGGAGAAAUACCACUGGAUUCCUUUAUUGAUGAGUACCAGAGCAAGCGUAAACUGGCUCACCUGCGGCGUGUAAAGAUUGAGAAGCUCCAAGAGAUGGUGCUGAAGGGACAGAGACUUCCACAAGCGCAGCCGCAGGCUCAGCCAAGAGCACCUGAGACAACACCAGCACCUCAAGCUUCCUACACUUCGGAUGCAACCAGCCCUCCUUCAGUGAUGCCCCGACGAAUACCACCCCCUCCACCUUCCUCGGUCCCAGCAGGACGUUUUCCUACUCCUUUUACUGUAGCCAUGAGUUCAGGACCAGCUGUUUCUUAUCCGGGUGCUCCCUAUCCUCCUCUCCCGCCUCGACUAGGAGUCCAGUCUGCAGGUCAAAUGCCGCAGCCGGGAUACCCAUCUCAGUUUGUACCACAGUAUCCUCCAGCUCUUCCCCAAAGACCACCUCGCCUUCCACCACAUCCUGGCUUUAUCCUCCAGUGAAUAUUUUGGUGCGCCUAACUUGUGUAUUGGUGCUCAUAUUCCCUUUCUUCUCCCCUCGUCAGAGACUUAAAACGUAGGCAUUGGAAAGCCUCUGUUUUUUGCACAAUGGAAUACAAAAUCCGAGCUGUGGCACGGAGGUUUGAAAUUGCAUUCAGUAAAUGUGAUCRUUUUUGUUUUCAAGUAUCAGUGAUAAUGCUUUCUUGUUUUGCUUCCUAGAAGGUGAUAGGGGCUCAAUGUUGUGAAUCCAAUAGAUUGUGAAACAAUGUACAGUGGAUUUACUCUGCAUUAUAAAUAUCUCCUCGAAUUCUUUAGUGAUGGUAAAAUAGCAUUGUCUUUGAUGCAUUCCCAUCACAGCUGGAUGUAUGUGUGACAAACUGGGAGGUAUUUGUGUGGCUCAAGAAUUCUCUGUGGGUGCUGGUGUUUGGAUGGCAACAGCCCUGUCUGUAUGCUGGACACAGAGGUGGCAGUGGAGCUCAGUGCCCUGUGCACGGUGCCCGGGCAGCUGCUUCGGUGGCAAGGUGCACAGCCUUUCCUGAGCCCAUUGAGCACACACAGCUCUGGAGUUUUUAAACAGUAGACGUUACAAGAGUUUUAUUCCUACAUUUCAGUWGUUACCGUGGAUUUUCAUAAUAAAAGUACUCAUUCUUCCCUUUCAUAGAUCACCCUAUAGCUCAAAAGACCUGGUCUCUCAAAAAUUAAGCUAAACUGUUUGUAGUGACAGUUUAAAGUUUUAUAGACAUUUUAACUAGGCAUUUUUUCCUUGCCUAUUGUAACUAUUUCUUACAUUUUUUUUUCCUUUUCCACACCUUUGAUAUAGAAGUCUUUUUUGAUUCAACACAGGUGCUUAGCGUUUGAUAUCAUACGAUUCCAGAAAUCUAGGCAGGGUAUUUUCUUACUCAAAACCAGGGUUUUCAUAUCAUUAAUAGCCCACUUGAAGCUCCACAGUUUUGUUUUAUUCUUCAAACUCCAUCUCUUGUUUGGGAGAACUAUUUUUAACUUUCCCAUUUCGUUUAGGUUUGCAAAGUUUGGCACACUUGCCUGUCUGGAAUUUGCAAUUCACACUUCUCUGCAAGCAGUAAGAACAAUUUUUAGAACUCCAUGGUGCUAUUUGCAUCCUAAUCCAGUUUUGUUUUUGUUUGUUUUAUGCCAUUGGAGGGGAGGAGACUUUUUAGGAGAGUUCAGAUUUCAUUAUCAGUGUAACUCUUGAAGCCUAAGGUGCAGAAGCUUGUUACUUGCUCAGAAUAUGUCCAUAAAUUCAUUAUCAUUUKUGUCACAUCCACAACUAACUUUUGCCUUUCAACUAAUUGAUAGUAAUUUAAGGAACAUGCAUGUGUAAUCUGUCAGUAUUCUCUGCAUUGCUUCAAAACACUUUCUUGUCGUUGUCCUGGACUGCACUGCUUUGUGUGGAAGUCCAUACUGCAAACAGCCUCAGUCAAAACAGAAAAUGAAAUUUCUUUUUUUUUUCCCUCUCUGUGUAAAACCCUUGAUUGUCCAUGUAUCAUUUCCUCUGGAGUGUGAUGAUUGCUAACAAAUACUAAUCUGAAAUGUAU